AUGGCACGGCCACGGAAUGUGGCUCUACGGGCGACCGUCCAACUUUCAUAUCAAUGGGCAGCUCCUAGUAUGCGACGGCAAUAUAAUGCCGCUACCAUUGCGAUUGCUUCCAGCCCUAGAUUCAAGACAUACUCUCGACGGUCGUGCCGAUAUUAUUCAACCGAGGCUCCAACCAAGGCGACGCGAGGCGGUUCCAAAGUUUUCAAAUCCGCGGACGAAGCUAUUGCCGACCUGAAAGAUGGCGACGUAGUUUUAAGCGCUGGAUUUGGAUUGUGUGGUGUUGCUGAAACCCUCAUACAAGCCAUCCACAAGAAAGGUCUCAAGGAUCUAACGGCCGUCUCGAAUAAUGCCGGUUCCGGUGAUCACGGUUUAGCCCUACUUACGAGAGACGGACGAUUAGGUCGCAUCAUUCUGUCGUACCUAGGAUCGAAUAAAGAGCUCGAGAAGCAAUAUUUGACGGGCAAGAUAGCGGUCGAGUUAUGUCCUCAAGGUACACUAGCAGAAAAGUUAAGGGCAGCUGGUGCCGGCAUUCCAGCUUUCUAUACCGCGACCGGUGGAAAGACAUUUGUCGAGACUGGCGAGAUUCCUGUCAGGUUUACACCCGAAGCUGUCCUUGAGAAGGGAAAGCCGAAAGAGACAAGAGUUUUUAAUGGCAAAUCCUACAUCAUGGAAACGGCGCUCCCCGGCGACGUCGCUAUUCUACGAGCGUGGAAGGUAGACGAAGCCGGCAAUUGUGUAUUCAAAUACACGACAAAAACGUACGCUGGUCUAAUGGCCAAGGCGGCGCGUAUCGCAAUCGUUGAAGCCGAGAAUAUUGUGCCGAUCGGAUCCAUUGACCCCGACAGUGUCGACCUUCCGGGCAUAUUUGUUGAUCGCAUCGUACCGGCUACAGCACCUAAAAAUUUCGAGGUGUUGAAAGUGGCGCCACCAAAAGAAGACGCGGUUUCAGGCAAACCACGCACUCCUGAUGCUCGCAACCGUAUUGCUCGGCGUGCGGCCAAGGAACUACAUGAUGGUUUCUACGUGAAUUUGGGUGUAGGAAUCCCAACUUUGGCGGCGUCCUAUCUACCCGAUGAUGCCAAGGUCUGGUUACAAUCGGAGAAUGGCAUCUUAGGUAUGGGCGCGUACCCAGCAACGGAGCAAGAUGCGGACCCGGAUUUGAUCAACGCGGGUAAAGAGACUGUCACACUGCUUCCGGGCGCUUCGACGUUCGACUCAGCCGAAUCAUUCGGCAUGAUUAGAGGGGGUCACGUCGAUGUCUCAAUCCUAGGAGCUUUCCAAGUUUCAGCAUCGGGUGACUUGGCUAACUACAUGAUCCCUGGACGCGUAUUUAAGGGUAUGGGUGGUGCUAUGGACCUUGUGUCGAAUCCAGACCAUACCAAGAUCGUUGUGGCUACUGAGCACGUCGAUAAGAAGGGCCGGAGUAAGAUCGUUCAAGAUUGCCAAUUACCACUUACCGGUAAGGGUGUUGUCAGCACGAUCAUCACCGAUUUAGCCGUCUUCCAAGUCGACCGUGUCAAUGGUGGUUUAACUCUCACCGAAAUCGCUGAAGGUAUUGACCUUGAAGUUGUUAAGGCCAAGACAGAUGCCGAGUUCGUAGUUGCGGAAGAUUUGAAGAAAUUUUAG